AUGAGCCAACUACUUACCGCGCGACAAGCGGAGGAACUACACAAAUCUAUCAUCGCCUACCUUGCGUCGGCGAACCUGCCUCAAAGCUCCGCGGUGAUACGGGAAGAACUGGGUGAAUCAAUCUCUGUUGAUGACUCUACUCUGAAGAAAUAUGAGGGUCUAUUAGAGAAGAAAUGGACGAGUGUGGUCCGCUUACAGAAAAAAAUUAUGGACUUGGAGUCACGAUGCGCCUCACUACAAGCCGAGGUAGAUACUGCAACCCCCACCUCACUGUCUCGGAAAAAUCAAGAUCCAGCUUCAUGGCUACCCCGAGCACCAGCCCGCCACGACCUUGAGUCUCAUCGGAGCCCCGUCACCUGUGUCGCCUUUCACCCCAUAUUUUCCUCUCUCGCCUCCGGUUCAGAAGAUAACACAAUCAAGAUUUGGGAUUGGGAAUUAGGUGAACUAGAACGAACGAUCAAGGGUCACACAAGGGCCGUAUUGGAUGUGGACUAUGGAGGCCCGCGAGGGGGCACUCUCCUUGCAUCAUGUUCCUCUGAUCUCACAAUCAAGCUAUGGGACCCUGCCGAUGAAUACAAAAAUAUCCGAACUCUUCCAGGACAUGAUCACAGCGUGUCUGCUGUCCGCUUCAUCCCAUCAGGAGCUGCGGGGUCUCCGAUGUCUGGAAACCUUUUGGUAUCAGCUUCUCGUGAUUUGACAUUGCGGAUUUGGGACGUAACGACGGGAUACUGCGUCAAGACAUUACAGGGGCAUGCCGCUUGGGUACGUGAUGUUGUGCCAUCUCCCGAUGGUCGGUUUCUCUUCUCUGCUGGAGAUGAUCAAGUUCCGCGCCUCUGGGAUCUCUCGUCAGGAGAGACGAAGGCUACUUUCCUUGGCCAUGAGCACUACAUCGAGUGUGUUGCCUUUGCCCCAUCUACGAGUUACCAGUAUCUUGCACCGCUUGCGGGUCAGAAGAAACCACCUCCCGUAACGUCAUCCGCUGAGUUUGUUGCCUCUGCAGGCCGUGACAAGGUUAUUAUGCUUUGGGAUGCCCGAGGUAACUUGAUCAAAAAACUCAUUGGUCAUGACAACUGGGUUCGGGGGCUGGCCUUCCAUCCCGGUGGCAAGUAUCUGCUGUCAGUGGCCGAUGACAAAACACUACGAUGCUGGGACUUGACUCAGGAGUGCAAGUGCGUUCGUACUAUCGCAGCCCAUGAUCAUUUCAUCAGCUCAAUCCGAUGGGCGCCUUCAUUGAUCAAGGACUCCGGCACCAAUGAUGCUGGGGCCAACGGUGCCGAAUCAGCAUCAAAGGAAGAUGCGAAGGUGCCUAGCAAGGUGUCUAUUCGAUGUGUGAUUGCCACUGGCAGUGUUGAUCGCAAGGUCCGCGUCUUUGCAUCAUGA